UUAGUCUGUGUUUUGCUUUUAUUUUGUGAACUUUGUGAUCGUUCUAAGUUUCAUGAAGUGGAUUUUUAAAAUCUUAUUUUAAUAAUGUCGUAUAAACAAGCCAUACAAGUUGGCACCAAAACUGUAAGACCCGUGCUUUCCUUGACCCAGGCAGAUGCCAGAUCGAGAGUGCUAAGCCUUUACAAAGCAUGGUAUCGUCAAAUUCCCUACAUUGUUAAAGAUUAUGACAUCCCAAAAUCAGAAGCACAAUGCCGAGCAAAACUGAAAGAAAGUUUUCUGAAGAACAAGGAUGUUAAAGAUAUAAGAGUGAUUGAUAUUCUUGUUAUCAAGGGUCAGAUGGAACUGAAAGAAGCUGUAAAUAUUUGGAAGCAGAAAGGCCAUAUUAUGACAUAUUUUAAGCCGACUGAAGAGCCUAAACCUAAAGAUUUUCUAUCUAAAUUUUUCUCUGGUCAUGAAUAGUUUAACCAUUAUUAAGUUAAAAGUGAAACUGUACCUGUAGUGUUAUAAAACUAAGAAUUGAUUUAAUGUAA